AUGGGCGGUGCGCGGUGGGCGCUCCUCCUGCUCUUCGUCUCCCUCCUGCUGCUCCACGCGCAGGCAUGGCCCGGCGCCGCUCCGCUGAACGGCGAAGGAUUGGCUUUGCUGGAGCUUAGGGCCAGGGUGGAGGGAGAUCCCCAUGGAGUCUUCGAUGAUUGGGAUCCCAUGGGCAACAAUCCCUGCAGCUGGUCCGGCGUCCAAUGCUCUGACGGCAAAGUGGAGAUUCUGAACUUAACAGGUCGAGGACUAGCUGGAACUCUCGCACCUCAGAUCGGAAGCCUACAAGGUCUAAGAUCGCUUUUACUUCCCAAGAACAAUUUCCAUGGACAAAUUCCCAGAGAGUUUGGAGGGUUAUCUGCACUUGAAGUACUGGAUUUGAGUGCCAACAACUUGGAUGGAGCAAUUCCAAAAGAACUGGGUGCAAUGCCACUGCUCAAACAGAUAUCGCUUCAUAAUAACCAGUUCCAAGAUGGCUUCUCUUCUUUCGACAUACAAGAUAGAGCUGCCAAGCAAGCAUGCUGCUUGAGAAGAAAACUAGGUUGCUGGCUGGUGUCUAUGAAUUGGAUUUCUUUCAACGGCGUCCGCGAGAAAUAUUGCACCGAUCUACCAAGUCUUGGUGCGCCACACAUCAUGCAGAAUUUGCAGUCCUUUGCAAGUGCCAUGAGCCGCAGGCUGCUCCGUGAAGCUGGCAAUCUGCCUGCUCUUUCAGGGAAUGAUCCGGCAAAUUCAAAAGAAAUCCCGAGACCUGUUGAUGUUCUAUCUCUAGGGAGUGGUUCAUUUUCUGCGUUCCCGAAAUCGAACGGACCGUUGCUUCCAGAAUCUGUUCAGAAUGUUGAUCCUGCAACAGUGAAGCAGCUAUCUGCACCAGUAACCCAAUCAGCUGACAAAGAGUCAUCUGGUGCAAAGUACAGCAAGUGGAUUUAUGUGCUCAUUUUCCCAGCUGCAAUAUUACUCAUUGUUGUGCCGAUUUUGAUUUGCCGGAAGCAAGGGCAUGCAUCGAUGGCCCCCUGGAGAACAGGACUGAGUGGGCCACUUCAAAAGGCAUUUGUAACAGGUGUUCCAAAGCUAAACAGGCCAGAACUUGAAGCAGCUUGCGAGGAUUUCAGCAACAUCCUUAACACUUUCCCUAGCUGUACUGUGUUCAAGGGGACAUUAUCUAGCGGCGUUGAGAUCUGUGUUGUCUCCACUUCCAUUUCAUCAAUCAAAGACUGGCCCAAGAGUGCAGAAACGCUCUUCAGAAAAAAGAUAGAUACACUGUCAAGAGUCAACCACAAGAACUUUGUCAAUCUACUCGGAUAUUGCAUAGAAAAUCAACCAUUCAUGAGGAUGAUGGUGUACGAGUAUGCUCCAAAUGGAACUCUAUCUGAUCAUCUUCAUGUCAAGGUGUAUGAGCAUCUGGACUGGGCUGCGAGGAUGAGGAUCAUCAUGGGCAUGGCCUACUGCCUCCAGUACAUGCACCAUGAAAUUGAACCACCUGUGGCUGUAAACGAUAUGCGCUCUGACGCAAUCUUUAUGACAGAUGACUAUGCUGCCAAAAUUGCUUAUGUUGGCAUGUGGAAAGAACUCGCAGACAAAGCGAAAGCUGCAAAGGAGGAUGGCAGUAGUAGUCGCUCUGAAUCUGCUCCCGAUCUCACGGGCAACAUCUUCUGCUUCGGCGCGCUUCUGAUGGAGAUCAUAACUGGAAAGCUUCCUGAACAAGACGACCAUGAAUCUAUCUGCACCUGGGCUGCAGAGCAUCUCAAAGCCAAGAGGUACACCGAGCUUGUCGACGAGUCCCUCCAGGAUCACAAGGCCAACGAGCUUGAGGCCGUCUGCGAGGUGAUCCAGGAAUGCACCGACCCUGACCCGACGCGGAGGCCAGAGAUGAGAGACGUCACGGGCAAGCUCAGGGAAGUCCUUGCCAUCACGCCGGAGGGGGCGGGGCCGCGGCUCUCACCCCUCUGGUGGGCUGAGCUCGAGUUACUGUCCAUAAAGUCGAGCUAG